AGGACCCCUACAGUGGACCAUGAGUCGGUAAUGCCCACUGAGGACCUCUGGGAGCCAUGUCAGACGAAUCCGCCUCAGGGAGCGAUCCAGACCUGGACCCGGACGUGGAGCUGGAGGAUGCGGAAGAGGAGGAGGAGGAGGAGGAGGUGGCAUUGGAGGAGCACGACAGGGAUGACGAGGAAGACUUGCUGGAUGACCCAUCCCUGGAAGGCAUGUGUGCCCAGCUGGGGGAAGAUGGGCAGCAGCUGCCACGAUGCACUUCAACUACCUCAUCUCAGUCUGAGCCUUCAGAGCCGCUUAGGUGUCACCAAGAUAAGAGCUUAGCCUCUGAGGACCCCAAAAAGAAGAGAGCUCAGAAGCCCUCCCACAUGAGGAGAAACAUACGAAAGCUGCUCCGAGAGGAUCAAUUAGAGCCAGUUACCAAAGCAGCACAACAGGAAGAGUUGGAAAGAAGGAAACGCCUGGAGCAGCAGAGGAAAGAUUAUGCAGCUCCCAUUCCCACCGUUCCUCUGGAGUUCCUCCCUGAAGAAAUUGCCCUAAGAGCAAGUGAUGGUCCCCAACUGCCUCCUCGAGUCUUGGCCCAGGAAGUCAUUUGUUUGGACAGCAGCAGUGGCAGUGAGGAUGAAAAAAGCAGUCGAGAUGAGGUGAUUGAACUGAGCUCGGGAGAGGAGGACACUCUACACAUUGUGGACAGCAGUGAGUCUGUCAGCGAGGAGGAUGAGGAAGAGGAGAAGGGGGGCACCCAUGUGAAUGAUGUCUUAAAUCAGCGUGAUGCUCUGGGGAGGGUCCUUGUCAACUUGAACCACCCACCAGAGGAGGAGAAUGUCUUCCUGGCCCCACAGUUGGCACAGGCAGUGAAACCACAUCAGAUUGGUGGGAUCCGGUUCCUGUAUGAUAACCUGGUAGAGUCUCUGGAGAGAUUUAAGACCAGCAGUGGCUUUGGCUGUAUCCUAGCCCACAGUAUGGGUCUAGGGAAAACUUUGCAGGUGAUCUCCUUCAUUGAUGUCCUCUUCCGCCACACACCAGCCAAAACAGUCCUUGCCAUUGUGCCGGUUAAUACUCUUCAGAAUUGGCUGGCAGAGUUCAACAUGUGGCUUCCAGCUCCUGAAGCCCUUCCAGCUGACAACAAACCUGAAGAAGUCCAGCCUCGAUUCUUUAAAGUUCACAUCCUGAAUGAUGAGCACAAGACGAUGGCAGCUCGUGCUAAAGUGAUGGCUGAUUGGGUGUCAGAGGGUGGGGUGCUGCUGAUGGGUUAUGAAAUGUACAGACUCCUCACCCUGAAGAAAUCCUUUGCCACAGGUAGACCGAAGAAAACCAAGAAACGUUCUCACCCGGUCAUCAUUGAUCUGGAUGAGGAAGAUCGGCAGCAGGAGUUUCGGAGAGAGUUUGAGAAGGCCUUAUGCCGCCCUGGCCCUGAUGUGGUGAUCUGUGACGAGGGACACCGCAUCAAAAACUGCCAGGCCAGCACCUCACAGGCCCUGAAGAACAUUCGGUCUCGCCGCCGGGUGGUACUGACUGGGUACCCCCUGCAGAACAACCUCAUCGAGUACUGGUGCAUGGUGGACUUUGUGCGCCCGGACUUUCUUGGAACCAGGCAGGAGUUCAGCAACAUGUUUGAACGCCCCAUCCUGAAUGGCCAGUGUGUUGACAGCACACCUCAGGACGUCCGUCUCAUGCGGUACCGGAGCCAUGUCCUGCAUAGUCUCUUGGAGGGCUUUGUGCAGCGGAGAGGCCACACUGUGUUGAAGAUUCAUCUCCCUGCCAAAGAAGAAAAUGUGAUCCUGGUGCGGCUCUCCAAGAUCCAGCGAGAUUUGUACACACAAUUCAUGGACCGCUUCCGGGACUGUGGGAGCAGCGGCUGGUUGGGGCUGAACCCCCUUAAGGCUUUCUGUGUGUGCUGCAAGAUCUGGAAUCACCCCGAUGUGCUGUAUGAAGCCCUUCAGAAGGAAAGCCUGGCCAAUGAGCAAGACCUAGACGUGGAAGAGCUUGGCUCAGCAGGGACCAGCACCCGCUGUCCAUCACAGGGGACAAAAAGCAAGGGGGAGGACAGUGCCUUGACCUCCUCAGUGGGAGAGGCAACCAAUAGCAAGUUCCUACAGGGGGUUGGCUUCAAUCCUUUCCAGGAGCGAGGCAACAACAUUGUCACGUACGAAUGGGCAAAAGACCUUCUGACAAAUUAUCAGACUGGAGUCUUAGAGAACUCUCCCAAGAUGGUACUGCUUUUCCACUUGAUUGAGGAAAGUGUGAAGCUUGGGGACAAGAUCCUUGUGUUCAGCCAGAGCCUUUCCACCUUGGCUCUCAUCGAGGAGUUCCUAGGAAAACGAGAAGUGCCCUGUCUGCCUGGCACUGAGGGGCAAGGAGCACAGAAGUGGGUUCGAAACAUCAGCUACUUCCGGUUAGAUGGAAGCACCCCUGCCUUUGAGAGGGAGCGACUAAUUAAUCAGUUUAAUGAUCCCAGUAAUCUCACCACCUGGCUGUUCCUUCUCUCCACUAGGGCUGGAUGCUUGGGUGUGAAUCUGAUCGGUGCCAAUCGAGUGGUGGUGUUUGAUGCUUCUUGGAACCCUUGCCAUGAUGCCCAGGCAGUGUGUCGAGUGUACCGUUAUGGCCAGAAAAAGCCAUGUCACAUCUAUCGCCUUGUGGCUGAUUUCACUCUGGAAAAGAAGAUCUAUGACCGUCAGAUUUCUAAGCAGGGAAUGUCAGACCGGGUGGUGGAUGAUUUGAAUCCAAUGCUGAAUUUCACUCGGAAGGAGGUGGAGAACCUACUACACUUUGUGGAGAAGGAGCCAGCACCCCAGUCAUCCUUGAAUAUAAAGGGGAUCAAGGAGUCAGUCCUGCAACUUGCCUGUCUCAAGUACCCUCACCUCAUCACCAAGGAGCCUUUUGAGCAUGAGUCAUUGCUCCUUAACCGAAAGGAUCACAAGUUGACCAAGGCUGAGAAAAAAGCAGCCAAGAAAAGCUAUGAGGAAGACAAACGCACAUCUGUCCCCUACACUCGCCCAUCAUAUGCGCAGUAUUAUCCUGCCAGUGACCAGAGCCUGACCAGCAUCCCUGCCUUCAGUCAGAGAAACUGGCAGCCAGCACUGAAGAGUGAUGAAAAGCCUGUGGCCAGUGUGCGUCCUGUGCAGUCCACCCCCAUCCCCAUGAUGCCUCGGCAUGUCCCGCUGGGAGGCAGUGUAAGCUCUGCCUCCAGCACAAAUCCAGCUAUGAACUUCCCGAUCAACUACCUGCAGCGUGCGGGAGUCCUCGUGCAGAAGGUGGUCACUACAACAGAUAUUGUUAUUCCUGGACUAAACAGCUCCACAGAUGUACAGGCAAGAAUUAAUGCUGGUGAGAGUAUCCACAUCAUACGUGGGACAAAAGGGACAUAUAUUCGUACCAGCGAUGGGCGGAUUUUUGCUGUCCGGGCGACUGGCAAACCAAAGGCCCCUGAAGAUAGUCGGACAGCUGCCUCAGGUUCUCAGGGGCCUUCUCGUGAGUCCACAAGCAACGGCAGACACAGUGCCUCAUCACCCAAAGCCCCAGACCCUGAGGGGCUGGCCAGGCCCGUCUCUCCCGACAGCCCAGAGAUCAUCAGUGAGCUCCAGCAGUAUGCAGAUGUGGCUGCUGCCCGGGAAUCCCAUCAGAACUCCCCCAGCACCAAUGCCGCCCUGCCUGGCCCCCCGGCCCAACUCGUGGACAAUAGUGCUGUUCCUGGGACAGCUCUUGGGACUGAGCCUCGACUUGGGGGUCAUUGCCUCAACAGUUCCCUCCUAGUGACCAGCCAGCCCUGUGGUGACAGGCACUCAGUCCUGGACUUAAGAGGCCACAAGCGAAAGUUGGCCACACCACCUGCUUCCCAGGAGUCAGUCCGCCGGCGAUCCAGGAAGGGCCAUCUGCCAGCCCCCGUGCAGCCGUAUGAACACGGGUAUCCAGUUUCUGGCGGGUUUGCCAUGCCACCCGUCUCCUUAAACCAUAACCUCACCCCUCCCUUCACCUCCCAGGCUGGGGAGAACUCCCUAUUUAUGGGCAGUACUCCUUCCUACUACCAGCUGUCCAAUUUGCUGGCAGAUGCCCGCCUGGUAUUCCCAGUGACUACUGACCCUCUGGUGCCAGCAGGCCCUGUCAGUUCCUCCUCCACGGCUACCUCAGUCACUGCCAGCACCCCCUCCUUCAUGCUCAACCCCUCUGUGCCAGGGAUACUACCCAGCUACUCACUCCCAUUCUCACAGCCACUCCUGUCCGAGCCGAGGAUGUUUGCGCCUUUUCCUUCCCCUGUCUUGCCCAGCAACCUUUCGCGGGGCAUGUCUGUCUACCCAGGCUACAUGUCCCCACAUGCAGGCUACCCAGCUGGUGGCCUCCUUCGGUCCCAGGUGCCUCCGUUUGACUCUCACGAGGUUGCUGAGGUGGGGUUCAGCUCCAAUGACGACGAGGAUAAGGACGAUGAUGUGAUAGAGGUCACUGGGAAAUAGCUGGGGAGCCCCUCCCCACCUCACUUGGGGUCCUCAGCAGGUUGCCCACCAAGCUGGAAGGCAGUGAUCUGGGCUCUCUGAGAAUAGGGCAGUUGACAAAAAGGAAAAGGAAGAGAAGAAAGAAGAGUGGUUGACCAUAGUGGCAGGACUCGGCUGCAGUUUAACAAAAGAGGCAAAA